AUGAUCACAGCAUGCAUCAACUUCUCUGCAGGUUCAAAGUUCAACCUGAGAGUGCAGGUCGCCGACAGGCUAACCCGUCAGUACCUGAGCCAGGCAGAGGUGGCGCUUUACGUCAACUACACCAGAACCAAGACGCUUUUUACGGGGGAGGACGGCGGCGUUUUGCUCGCUCAAAUCGGGCCCAGUCGAUCUCCGACGGCGACGUUUCGCUCUGUCUCAGUCUUUUCCUCAGUGACCGCGCCGCUGGUGCGUCUGACGCAAGGAAACAUCUGGCUUUUUGAAGACUCUCUGCUGAUGACGGACAAAGCAUCAUCCGAUGCGUCGGGAGAGCCCGCGGUCCGCUUCCCUCGGAGCCUGCUGAACAUGACCGAGGGCGGUGACGUGGCUUCUUUGAAAGCCUACUUGACCAUCCUGAAGCCGGCUUCAGGCGAGAGAGGCUUUCCCAAGACGGUGGGCGUCACGAGGAGCGCGGCAGGACACACCGGCGUGGAGUUGAAUCCGGCGGCGGCCGUGAGCGUGCGACUGUUCUCCGGAGACGCGGAGCUGCGUGUCCGCGGUCCCAUCAGGAUCAGCCUAACUCUCCCCGACAACUGCGGAGUGCGGCCUUCGAACGCGCUGCCGGCGUGGUUAUAUAACAGCACCACUGGUGGCUGGAUGAGACGGGCAUUAGGGACGGUGGCCUCAGACGGUGGAAAACUCAGUUGGACAUUCAUCGCUCCUGAACUCGGCGACUGGAUCGCUGCGCCGGUGCCAAGCCCCGGAGGUGUCUUUGGACCCGCCGAGUUGCGUGACUUCUUUGUCUGGAAUUGCUCUUUGCUGCUGGUCAUCCUCGGAGGAACGCUUUGUGUGGUUGCUUGCCUUCUCGCCGGAUUCCUGUCUUGUCACAGGCGAACGAAGGCCACGCUACCGCUGACAAGAAAGGACCAAUCCACCACCACCGGCAGCAAUGAAGACUUUGAAGGAUCGUCUGCGUCUCAACACUUCUUGGCCCAAAGGAGGUUCGACCAACGCAACGUCACCGUUUCCAUAUUGAACGGCAACGGGGUUCUCGCCAAUCCCAAGGCGCCGGCCGCCGGCGCUGAACCCGAGCACGCGGUUCUUCCCCCGAGCAGCGUUCCCGCGUCUCCGACAGUCGCUCUGCUCUAUUACGACCGGCCUGUUGCCAUUCCGCACCCGUCGGCGUUUUUCCAAGCGGACGACCGAUCGCAGCGCUUGUAUGCCGGUGGCGCAGAGAAACCGAGGGAAGAAGGCUCCGGUCUAAAGGUGUCGCGAGGCUCCUCGGACACUGGGAACCGGGAAGGGACUACGAUAGGACACGCCGACAGCUCCGGAAAUGCUCCGCUACCGGGAACCCGAGGCCAGCGCGGUCUCCUUGGAUCCGCGUCGGUUCCGGAAACAUUAAGCAAAAAUGGGAGCGGUCGCCAUUCGAUGGACGCCGCGACCGAACUUUCAAAGGUGCCCUCGUCGCAGCCCCUCCCCCGGGCCUGGUUUGUGAGUCUCGAAGGUCAACCCGCGGCCGAGAUCCGUUACGCCGUGGCGGAGCAACGGCAAAGAAGAAGAGUGGCGGAAAGUCGAGAGACCAGCCUGGAUUCGGGCGUGGAUCUGAUCGAGAUGAACCAGGCUGGCGGGAGGAGAGCCCUCGCUCUCCAACGCAGUGCCACUUUUGUGAAGAGCGCAUCAGGCGGCAAACCCACGCCGCCGUGAGAUCCGUCCGGGGAGCCUUGAAGUCAAACAUCGCCUCACAAGUGAUUCCUUUUUCUCCGUUUGAUUUAUUACUUCGUUAUCCUAA